AUGGCAAUGUACAAAUAUGCAACCCUCGCAUUGCUUGCGCUCCGCACCGUCAGCGUUUUCGCGACAGAUGUUGUCGAAGAAAAGCUCGAGAGCCCUCCUGUGACCGCCAAUCUUGCCGUCUCGGUCUCUGCUUCCUUCCCUCAGUCCGAGGUCUUCGGCGUCAAGCUGAUUAAUGGCCACGCGACACAAGCCCUGGUGGAUUUCUCGAACGAUGAGUCCGAGCCAGUACAUGUAGCUAUUGUCGGAGGUGCAUUGUCAACUCUACAGCCGUUGAAGGCAGACUUGCACCCAAGUGCUGCCAUUGUCCGCAAUAUUACCGCUACUCGAUACGAUGUCGAGAUCCCAGCCGGCGAGAAGGCCACGCUUCCUUUCAGCUUCACCACCGACUUGAACCCGCAAGAUUUGCGCCUCAACCUCGUUGCUGUUCUGACCAGCAAGGCUGGCGAAGUUUAUCAGGUUCAGGCCUUCAAUGGGACGGUUAGUGUUGUUGAAGCUGCCACUAGCUUCUUCGAUCCCCAAAUUCUCUUCCUGUAUCUUGUACUCCUCGGCGCUGCUGGUGGAACUAUGUACUUUGUCUACAAGACCUGGAUCGAGGCUCUCUUCCCACAAACAAAGCGUGGAGGCAAAGGUGGAGAGCGCGCCAAGCGUUCAUCCGGAGGCUCGAAGAAGGCUGUCGCUCCCAAGGACCAAGUUUCCGUCAUUGGCGCAGAUGGACCCGCUGUCACCACCGGCGCAUUGGCUCAAAAGGCAUAUGAUGAGAGCUGGAUCCCCGAGCACCAUAUCAAUCGCCCAACCGCCAAGCGUGUCAAGAGCGGCGCAACCUCGAAAUCCAAAGCUCGUGCAGCUAGCCCUUAA